AUGCCGCGAAUAAUGAUAAAAGGUGGUGUCUGGCGUAAUACAGAGGAUGAAAUUUUGAAAGCAGCUGUUAUGAAAUAUGGGAAAAAUCAAUGGAGUCGUAUAGCUUCGUUACUUCAUAGAAAAUCUGCAAAGCAGUGCAAAGCACGUUGGUUUGAAUGGUUAGAUCCUAGUAUUAAGAAAACAGAAUGGAGCAGAGAAGAAGAUGAAAAACUUUUACAUCUUGCCAAACUUAUGCCUACGCAAUGGAGAACAAUAGCUCCUAUUGUAGGACGUACAGCAGCGCAAUGUUUGGAAAGAUAUGAGUAUUUAUUGGAUCAAGCUCAAAAAAAGGAAGAGGGUGAUGAUGCAGCUGAUGAUCCUCGUAAACUGAAACCAGGUGAAAUUGAUCCAAACCCAGAGACAAAACCCGCAAGACCUGAUCCUAAAGAUAUGGAUGAAGAUGAAUUGGAAAUGUUAUCUGAGGCAAGAGCAAGACUUGCAAAUACGCAAGGAAAAAAAGCAAAAAGAAAGGCUCGGGAGAAACAAUUAGAAGAAGCACGUAGGCUUGCUGCAUUACAAAAACGUAGAGAACUUCGUGCUGCAGGCAUUACGGUGUCUCAAAAGAAUAAGCGCAAACGAGGAGUUAACUAUAACACUGAAAUACCUUUUGAAAAACGUCCUGCUCCAGGUUUCUAUGAUACAUCAAAAGAACAUAUUGAUCCACUUGCAAUAGAUUUCUCCAAAAUGAGACAGCAACAGUUAGAUGGAGAUCAUAAACAAGAAAAAGAAGAAAUGGAACGUAGAAAAGAUAAACAGAAGUUAAAGCAACGUAAGGAAAAUGAUAUACCAAUGGGAAUGCUUAAUAAUGAAGAACCUGUGAAGAAAAGAAGUAAACUCGUUUUACCCGAACCACAAAUUUCUGAUCAAGAAUUACAACAAGUUGUUAAACUAGGACGUGCUUCAGAGGUUGCACGUGAAGUUGCAGCAGAAAGUGGUAUUACAUUAUCGGACAGUUUAUUAGCUGAUUAUUCCUUGCCAACAAAUGUUGCAGUAACUCCUAGAACUCCAGCUGCACAAGAUAAAAUUCUUCAAGAAGCUCAAAAUGUUAUGGCCCUGACACAUGUUGAUACACCAUUAAAAGGAGGUUUAAAUACGCCACUAAAUAAUUCGGAUUUUUCUGGUGUUGUACCUGUUACAAAUGCUGUUGCAACUCCGAAUACUAUUUUGGCAACUCCAUUCCGUUCCCAACGUAGUGAUGGAACACCCUUGAAUUCAUUUAAUACACCAACAUCUACACGAACACAAAAUGGAGUUCUUGCAACACCAGUUCGUGAUAAACUUAGUAUUAAUCCAGACGAAAGUAUUGUCGGGUCAGAAACCCCAAUGGUGCAGAAACAAGCUAAAGAACAGUUACGUGCAGGUUUAAUAGCGUUGCCUGCACCACGUAAUGAUUAUGAAAUAGUUGUUCCUGAAGAUGAAAGUAUAGACGAGAAUACUUCUACUCCUGCAAAUGAUAUAAUUGAAGAUCAAGCAGAUAUUGACGCGAGACAACAGCAGGAAUUGCUCGAACAAAAAAAAAGAGAAUUGGCUCGAAGAUCUCAAGUUAUACAACGAGAUUUGCCAAGACCAAUUGAUGUCAAUAUGAAUAUUUUGAGGCCUUUCAUGGAUACACCUCUGACAGAUAUGCAAAGAGCAGAAGAAUUAAUUAAAAGAGAAAUGAUUACCAUGCUUCAAUAUGAUGCACUUCAAAAUCCUAUGCAACAAAAUAGGAAGGGUGCUUCUAGUUCUUUAGCACAAGCACAAUCGUAUCUUGAACAACAUCCUUAUGCUAAUUUCGAUGAAGAAGAACUAGAUGCUGCAAAACAAUUACUGGCUGAUGAAAUGAAUGUUGUAAAGGAAGGUAUGGCACAUGGAGACUUGAGCUUAGAUGCAUAUACAACUGUAUGGGAAGAAUGUUUAUCACAAAUUUUAUAUCUGGAAACCCAAAAACGUUAUACUAGAGCAACAUUAGCUUCUAAAAAAGAUAGAGUAGAAGCUUGCGAAAGAAAAUUAGAAGAAAAUCGUAUGCAUAUGACAGGUGAAGCAAAAAGAGCUGCAAGAAUGGAAAAAAAAUUGAAAGUAUUAACAGGAGGUUAUCAGACCAGGGCACAAGUCUUAAUUAAACAAUUGCACGAUUUAUGUGAACAAAUAGAGCAAGCUUACUUAGAACUUUCAACAUUUAAAUUUUUACAAAAUCAAGAGGAAGCGGCAGUUCCAAGAAGAGUAAAUGCACUCAUUGAAGAUGUUAACAGACAGACUGAACGUGAACGUGUAUUACAAAUGCGAUAUGCACAAUUACAAGAUCAACUUCAACAAUGUUAAUUGUUACAAUUAUACUGAUAUUUACACAUAAUACUGUAAAGUAUACAUGUGAUAUAAGUAUGUUAAAAAAAACUUUACUAAAUAUGAAAGCUCAUCGUGUGCAUGUAUGCGUAUGUGAAUGGUGCGUCUAUGUUCAAAUACAUAAUAGUACAUACAUUUUAAAAUAUCAA